AUAAAUAAAUAGAUACUUAAAUGGCGUUCAAACAGCAAUUGAAAAGACUAUCACUAUUAUUCAGUGCACUCCUAUUGAUCGACCAAUUCAUCAUUGGUAGCACUGAUCCCAAUGAGUUAGGUCUACAAAAUAAUGGAAAUUUUGACCAAUCGGGCGGUCCAAUUGGCAGCAUUGUGGGCACUGGUACGCAAACCAUCCGAAAAGGUACGCUAAGCGGUCUGGCCCGUGCACUGGACGAUCGGCUGUCACAGGUUGACUAUUUUGGUAAUCCUCAUCUGUCUAUGCCCGAGGACCUGCCCGGUCACAUACUGUUUUGUACACAAUUGAUUUACUCGGGACUGUACGCAAUGAUCUAUUUGAUUAUCAGAUAUCCGUUCAAAUUGUUAAGCAAAACAAUGUUACUAUUGGUAAGCAUAAGCUAUAUUGCCAAUUAUGGCAAUUGGUGUAUAAAUCCGAUAGCUUGGCUAGACUUUACCAGUGAGGGACGCAAAAUUAAUCAACAUAUUGAACGAUUGGCACAGUUUAAGACAGAGUUUAUUAGAAGGAUUAUGUGGAUCACCGAUAAGGCCCGACACGAUGAAAGACGAAAAUAUGCAUGCUGUGCAUGGCAAGAUUACAAGUCCAAGAGUAUUGAAGAGGUACCGGAGGCCCAAAGUUUUGUUGAAUCAUACUUUAACCGAUUGUACAAAAUUGAUGAAUGGGUUUAUUGUUGGAGCUACAGAUCACUAGAGUUAUGUAAAAGUGUAGACUUGAAGCCAACCAACGAAGAACCGGACCGAGUGGUGCCACAGUCUAUGGGAACCGUUGUUUUUGAAUUGUUUGAUAAAUAUAUCUAAAAAAAAUAAAACUAUAUUUUUGUUGUUGAUUACU